CUCCAAAAAAAAGAAAGGUUCUCAGAGAAAUGGCCUCAUUGAUUGUGCCACUUCCAAGUUUUCUGCCUCCUCCUGAAGAAGACUGUGCACGACUCAAAAAAGCUUCAGAGUCAUUCUUAAGAGAUGAGAAAACAAUAGUGUCAAUUUUGGGACACAGGAGUGCUGAGCAAAUAAAAGUAGUGAAAGAAACUUAUCAACACCUCUACAAUCACUCCCUUCUUGAUGAUCUCAAUUCUAAACUCUCUGGUGAUUUAAAAAAUGCCCUAGUUCUCUGGGUUCAUGAACCUGAAGUAAGGCAUGCAAUGUUGGCAAACAAAGCAUUGAAGGCUAUGACUAAUAAGAUUAAAGAACUACAAGUUGUGGUUGAAAUAGCAUGUGGUAAUAAAACUCUGUAUGUUAAUGCUGUGAGAGAAGCUUAUAUUGAUCUCUAUGGUUGCACAAUUGAGGAGGACAUUCUAGAUUGUGUUUAUGAUAUGCCACUUAAAAAGGUGAGAACAUAA